GAACUGUCUACUACGCCAACCGCCUCCUAAGCUUGCCUGCUCUUGUCGCAGGCGAGGCCUACCGAACAGGAGGCAAAUUCCAGGCCUCUCUUCCACGCCAUUUUCAGCCUUUUUUGGCUGAACCUGCAUUGGGUAAUCUGGAAGUUGAGUUGCUCGGGACGGACCUCGUGUAGUUCACUAUUGUCUGGUUCGCUUCGACGACUAAGUUCCCCCUUUCCUCUUCCCAAUACUUUCGAUGACGUCACAUCUUAUCGCUCGCAACGCUUCGCCUCCCGGCGUUAUCACACUCGUUAUAAUCACGCCAAGAACGAUCGCCAGACCCGCCGUGAUCGCAUUUCCCAGAGCCGCUCAACGGCAGUUCUCAGCCACGUGUCAUCAUAAUCACCGUUUCAAGUCGAACGGUCCUGAUUCGUCGCACGUUCCUGGACCUUCACUAGCGAAGUUGCCAUCAGUUCGUUCGCUUAAGCUCGUCGCUGAGUUGAGACAGGGAGGGUUUGCAAAUGUCGAAAACGGUAGCUCAGCACUCAGGGAGGAGCCUCGGUCCGAGCCUACAACUCUGUUACAACCAUUCCGAGCCUCACACUCCGAUGUCGUUCAUUCCAGUGGCGAUACUUCCCCGCGAACCUACAACGAUGCUGCUGCGUCCCCGCGCACGUGGUCUUCCCUCGGCGCUUUUGAGUCGAGCGAAAAGCAGAAAAUUUCCAGUGGGGAUACUACUUCGGCGUCCCCGCGCUUGUGGUCGUCCCUCUGCGCGUCCUGCGUGCUUCUCGCCCUCCUCAACUCCUCCUUUCCCGCCUUGGCCUCGCCUGCCACUGACCUGUCCUCGAUAUACGCCAGCCCGACACUCGCUGUAGCAAAUGAUAUUCAACGGUACAGUUUACCGGAGCUUGCGAGCUCAACCGAGGUGUCGCCGCAAGGCUAUUUUGGGAUUUAUGGAGAGAUAUUUCAAGAGGCGUUGCUCCCAGCACCGCCGUUGGAGUCAGAAUUGACCAGCUUAGAGGGCUCUAUAUCCACCUCUAUUUCAAGCAGCAGCAGCAGCAGCAGCAGAAGCAGCAGCGGUACCUCUACUCUCGCUAUAUCCGACAAUGCCACAGUCCUAACCUCCCCACCGUCUGUCGCUUCUCCUUCCUCCUCCCCCUCUACCCCCUCCCUAACUUUCCCCCCCUCCUCCCUCUUCUGCCCCCCGCCUUCCCCCACCAAUCUCAUUGGCGAACGUUUUGCCCCUGACCCGGAAGUAACGGACCAAUCAGUGGUCCUGGAGGCGUGGGAAGUGGUCAACGAAACGUUUUUCGAUGCCCGGAACAAGGGGUGGUCGCCCGAGGCCUGGGCAGCCAAAAAAGAGGCUAUUAUUCGAAAACCCCCCAGAAGCAGGGGGGAGGCUUACGCCAUGAUAAGCAGCAUGCUGGCGAGUUUAAACGACCCGUAUUCUCGGUUCGUGACGCCUAAGCAAUUCGCGGCAUUAGCUAAGUACGACGUUACCGGAAUCGGGCUGAAUAUAGGCGAGGACGUGGAGGACGGGAGGGUGAAGCUUAAAGUGGCGGGGAUCGUGCUCGGCUCGCCGUCACAGCUGGCAGGGGUGCGCCAAGGGGACGAGCUGGUGUCAGUGGACGGCACGAGCGUGCAGGGCAUGUCCGCAUUCGAUGUAUCUUCGCUCAUCCAGGGCCCCAAGGGCACCCCCGUGACCAUCGGCAUUCGCCACGACUCCUGCUCCCCUAUAGAGCUCCUAACUAUGGCGCGCACCAGCGACGUCCAAUCACCCGUUCUCUACCGCCUCGACCGAAACGACCCCAUUUCCCCCCUGGGUCUCUUCCAAGACUUCUCCUCUGCUGCUUCUUCCUCCUAUUCCUCCUCUCCCUCCUCUCCCUCCUCUGCCUCCUCCUCCUCUUCUUCUCCUUCCUCCAUGUUUUCGUCUGUAUUUUCCUCCUCCUCUGCCCCAACCGGCCCCGUUGGUUACAUCCGCCUUAAGGAGUUCAACGCUGCAGCAAAACGUGACAUGGUAACCGCGAUCCAACGGCUAGAAGCGGCUGGGGCGGUGUCCUUUGUCCUCGACCUACAGGACAACCCUGGUGGCCUCGUGCAAUCAGGGGUAGAAAUCGCAAAACUCUUCCUCGAACGCGGGCAAACCGUGGUCUACACUGAGGGCCGCCCGGGCGAAUUACCCCAGAAAAGAAGCAUAGAAGCCACUGGAAAACCCCUCACGCGAGCCCCUCUAACCGUUCUCGUGAACGGGCGAACGGCGAGCGCGAGCGAGAUUGUAGCCGGGGCUCUGCACGACAACUGCAGAGCGGUCCUGGUCGGGUCGAGGACCUUCGGAAAGGGGCUGAUACAGAGUGUUUAUGAGCUGAAUGACGGGUCGGGUAUGGUGGUUACGGUGGGCAAGUAUGUGACGCCGGGUCUGGUGGACAUUGAUGGGAAUGGCAUUGCGGCGGACUUCAGGAGGAAGCCGAGUGGGGAUAUGGCCAGGUGGAAGCUCGCCAACUGCCAGGUGCCCAGCUCGUAGAUCUAGGCUUUGGAGGGAGAAGGGGCUGGAGGGGGUUGAUUCAGUCCGUGUGUGAGCUGUGGAGGAUGCAAGAUCGUGAGCUCGUAGGCUAUGGGAAGGGAUGGUGGUUGGGGAGGGCGUGGUGGUGACGGUGGGCAAUCAUGUGAGUCGGGACUCCUGGUUUGGUGGACAUCGAUGGGAAUGGCAUUGCGGCGGACAUCAGGAGGAAGCCGAGAUAUGGCCAGAUGGAAGCUGGCCAACUGCCAGGUGCCGGGUGGAAUCUGGCUAACUGCCAAGUGCAGCAUUCGUAGGCUUAAAGCAAGGGGUGUUCGUGGUGCGGGAGGGGGAAGAGGGGACUCUUGUGGACUUCAGAGGGAAGCCCAGUGGGUAGGUGGCCAGGUGGAACCUCGCUCGCUGCAAGGUGCUGUCAAGCUGGUAGACGUGGGGAAGGAGGAGGGGUGCUGCUGGUAGUGGCGGAGGAGGGAGAGGGGCAACUGUGUAGCUUGAGGGAAGGAAGGAAGCCCAGCGGGGAGGUGGCCACGAGGAGCCUUUCUCGCUGCAAGGUGUCUGUCUGGCUCAUAGGCGUAGGGAAGGAGAAGGGGUGCUGGUAGUGGCGGAGGAGGGAGAGGGGCAACUGUGUAGCUUGAGGGAAGGAAGGAAGCCCAGUGGGGAGGUGGCCACGAGGAGCCUUUCUCGCUGCAAGGUGUCUGUCUGGCUCAUAGGCGUAGGGAAGGAGAAGGGGUGCUGGUAGUGGCGGAGGAGGGAGAGGGGCAACUGUGUAGCUUGAGGGAAGGAAGGAAGCCCAGCGGGGAGGUGGCCACGAGGAGCCUUUCUCGCUGCAAGGUGUCUGUCUGGUUCAUAGGCGUAGGGAAGGAGAAGGGGUGCUGGUAGUGGCGGAGGAGGGAGAGGGGCAACUGUGUAGCUUGAGGGAAGGAAGGAAGCCCAGUGGGGAGGUGGCCACGAGGAGCCUUUCUCGCUGCAAGGUGUCUGUCUGGCUCAUAGGCGUAGGGAAGGAGAAGGGGUGCUGGUAGUGGCGGAGGAGGGAGAGGGGCAACUGUGUAGCUUGAGGGAAGGAAGGAAGCCCAGUGGGGAGGUGGCCACGAGGAGCCUUUCUCGCUGCAAGGUGUCUGUCUGGCUCAUAGGCGUAGGGAAGGAGAAGGGGUGCUGGUAGUGGCGGAGGAGGGAGAGGGGCAACUGUGUAGCUUGAGGGAAGGAAGGAAGCCCAGUGGGGAGGUGGCCACGAGGAGCCUUUCUCGCUGCAAGGUGUCUGUCUGGCUCAUAGGCGUAGGGAAGGAGAAGGGGUGCUGGUAGUGGCGGAGGAGGGAGAGGGGCAACUGUGUAGCUUGAGGGAAGGAAGGAAGCCCAGCGGGGAGGUGGCCACGAGGAGCCUUUCUCGCUGCAAGGUGUCUGUCUGGCUCAUAGGCGUAGGGAAGGAGAAGGGGUGCUGGUAGUGGCGGAGGAGGGAGAGGGGCAACUGUGUAGCUUGAGGGAAGGAAGGAAGCCCAGUGGGGAGGUGGCCACGAGGAGCCUUUCUCGCUGCAAGGUGUCUGUCUGGCUCAUAGGCGUAGGGAAGGAGAAGGGGUGCUGGUAGUGGCGGAGGAGGGAGAGGGGCAACUGUGUAGCUUGAGGGAAGGAAGGAAGCCCAGUGGGGAGGUGGCCACGAGGAGCCUUUCUCGCUGCAAGGUGUCUGUCUGGCUCAUAGGCGUAGGGAAGGAGAAGGGGUGCUGGUAGUGGCGGAGGAGGGAGAGGGGCAACUGUGUAGCUUGAGGGAAGGAAGGAAGCCCAGUGGGGAGGUGGCCACGAGGAGCCUUUCUCGCUGCAAGGUGUCUGUCUGGCUCAUAGGCGUAGGGAAGGAGAAGGGGUGCUGGUAGUGGUGGAGGAGAGAGAGGGGCAACUGCGUGGCUUGGGGGGAGGGGAAAAGCUCGCUAGCUGCAAGGUGCAGCGCUCAUAGGCUUUGGGAGGGUUUAGGAGUGUUGGCAGGGAGGAGAGGGACGAAAGUGGCAGGUGAGGGAACUGGAGUUGGGGGGGCGGAAGCUGGCUAGACAGAAGCUGGCAAACUGCAAGGUUCCAAGCGAGCUCCUGGGCAAAACGGGUGGUGGGCGGGGAAAGGAAGGGGUGGUGCCGAAGGUGGGAAGGAAAUGGGACGUUUGGAAGGGCACGGAACGGAUGCUGUUGGGCUAUAAAAAGAUUCUGUUAUUCCAACAGGUUGACAGGUUCAAGUUGGACGCCGGAUACAUGUGGAGAGAAUGAGAUACUAGAGGAUUCCCAGUUUUGACAGUUUUUUGUUUUCCGUGGCAGAGAGCUAUGUGAUGUGAAGUAUCAUUCAACAUUGUAAAGCUCUACAGAGACAUGCAUACA